GCGUCACGUGGAGCACUUGUAGUAGCGUCAGUCGAAUGGUCGCGAUUGAUGCGAUGAAACGUCAAAUAAUUGGUAAAUAAAUAUAUAUAUUAAUUCCUCGAACAUGGCAUAUUAUUCGAGAGAUAUCAAUGAAUUAACAAUCAGGAGAUGAAGAAAUAAUAUGAAGCGAUUGUAAUCUUCUUCCUCUGGACAAGUCUCUGAUACUUGACAUGUGCGAGACGUAACCUGAAACGCUAAACGUCACAGUACGCUAGCUGUCAAAAUUACUGGUUCGAGGAAACGAACGAUAACACAUGAGCUGGUAAGAUGAACAAGAAGGUGGUAGUCGCGUUUUACCUCCUGCUAAACGUAAUCUUCUCGAUCGCGAUUGUACUGUUGAACAAAUGGCUCUACAUCCACACCGGCUUCCCAAACAUCACCCUGUCAAUGAUACACUUUGUCAUGACGUUCGUCGGCCUGAUAAUCUGCGAGAAGCUGGACGUCUUUUGCGUCAAGGACAUCGACAUCAAGGAGAUGCUGUUGAUCGCCAUGACCUUCUGCGGAUUCGUCGUCCUGACGAACCUAAGCUUGGCCCACAAUACAGUCGGGACCUACCAGGUGGCGAAGAUGCUGACGACACCCUGCGUCAUUGUGAUGCAAAUGAUAUUUUACAGGAAGCGUUUCAGCACGCUCGUUAAAUUGACGCUGAUACCGAUUACCCUGGGAGUGGUGAUCAAUUUUUACUACGAUAUACAAUUCAAUGUCAUCGGCACUGUUUACGCGACACUUGGAGUGCUUGUAACGUCCCUGUACCAAGUGAUGGUAAACAGAAAACAGAGGGAAUUUCAGAUGGAUCCGAUGCAGUUGUUAUUUUAUCAAGCUCCGUUAUCUACUGUUAUGCUCUUGAUCGUUAUUCCAAUUUUCGAGCCAGUUGGACAAACGUUCACCCACAAUUGGUCACUAAUGGAUGUAGUCAUGGUGAUCUUAUCAGGUGUGGUUGCAUUUUUUGUGAAUUUGACUUCCUACUGGAUCAUAGGAAAGACCUCGCCUUUAACAUAUAAUAUGGUUGGUCAUUCCAAAUUCUGCCUUCUUUUGUUGGGAGGCUCGCUACUUUUCCAUGAAACAUUGGCAAUAAAUCAAGUCAUUGGUAUAACUUUAACAUUAGUGGGAAUUAUACUAUAUGCUCACGUUAAAAUGAAAGACAGCCAGACUGUGAUGCCAGAAUUUAAAAUCAGAGAAACGAAACCUUUGCACAAGGUAUGACUCUGUUUCAGGGAAGAUAUUUGACGGCAGAGAGAAAACCUGGAAUUAAAAGAAAUUUAUCAUGGUACUUAAUGCAUAUAAAUUUUGUAAGAGUCUAAAGUCUAUUACAAUAAAGUUUAU